AUGUCAAAUUCAUCUGAAAAUCCUGAAGAAAUUUUUAAGGGACUCAUUCUUGAUUCUUUAGAAAUGGAUGGGUUCAAACUCUGGCCACAAAUUUCAGAAAUCCUUUCUAGAAGUUUUUCAAGUAUUGCAGCCCUAAUUCCUGUAGUUGGACUUGGAGUUGGCGUUGCCGAUAGUUUUGCAGAAUUGAAAGAUUUUGUCUCCAUUAAAAAAGAAUAUGAAGAAAAUAGUUUGCGUACAAAAGUGAUUUUUGACAUGAAGUAUCAGUUCCUUGAUAGUAAAGAUAAUGAAAAAUUAAAAUCAUUUCUUAGAGGGUUUGAAUUGGCUCGACAAAUGUUCAAAGACAGUAUCAAGCAUUUCGAAUUCUUGUUUGACGUAAAUGAUAAAAAAUUUCUUGAAGGUUCAAAAUCUUUGCACAAACUUUUAACCGUUACCUACGGAAAUGAACAUGUUAUUUUAGAACAGAGUAAUUCCUUACUGAAAGAGAAUAAUAUUUUUAUUUCAAGGAAUAUCAAUAAUAUUAUCCUCCUUCUUUAA